AAGCUCGUCCCCCAGCUUCGUCCAUGCACUCCAUAUCUGAUCUCACUACUUUUUGCAGGAAAACAACAGGCGAUGUACCACCAAGACUAGUGGGAGCAUCCACUACGGUGGUGGGCUCGAAAGUGUAUCUUUUCGGUGGUCGUCUGGUCACCGAACGUCGUACGGUCUCUGACCUUUAUGUCUUUGACUUGGAGACCUUCGUCUGGAAGAGAAUAGAUCCCUUCGAAGACGAUGAUAUACCGGAGCCCCGAUACUUCCACAGUGCGGAAACAUGGAACAACCAACUUAUUAUAUUCGGUGGCAUGGGCAACGUCCCUAAUUCGACCAGCGUGGAAGAUUUAUGUGUAUUGAAUGACAUUCGUUUUUUCGAUUUAUUGACCAUGCACUGGCUACCUGCAUUAUCCACAAAUGGAAUCCCGCGUGAUUCUGGCUCUGAGGCGCUCCUACCGAAACCUCGCUAUGCCCAUCUGUCUUCCGUUACUGCGGACCGCUUGUUCAUCAUCGGUGGCCAAGAUCUAUCCAAUAUAUGGUUAGACGACGUCUAUGUGUACGACCUACUAGGAAAGGUUUGGGUGCAGCGACGGAGCUUUCCUCAUCAUUGCGGUACCUACCGUAGUGUCGCUGUAUCUGCAAAUCAGCGGUUUCGCAUUCCCCAAAAUGAACUACGUAACUCAGAUACUAGUGCUUCGUCAGGCUCACCGGGAUCCCGCUUUCGAUCGGACAAAUUGUCCCCUUCGUCCGAGUCCACCCCUUCCGAGUCGUUGAUUCACCUUCCGUUUUCCGCUGCUCCAACGGAUGAUUUUCCAAACGACAUCUACCUCUACAGUAAUUACAACUUCACAGACGUCAAGCGUGAACUUCAAGUUUUCUCUCCCCUACCGGACACCGAUUUCACUAUUACUGAGAAAUCCUCGUCGAUGAAUGGCUCGACCUUCCCCCCCGGUCUACGAUUUCCCUCUGGUGCCAUCUUGGGCACGCACUUUAUCAUUGCGGGAACUUAUCUUGCACACACGUACCAGUCAUACUCAAUAUGGGCUCUCGAUCUGCUUACUAUGACAUGGUCUCGCAUUGAUCCUGGUAAUGCGCUUGCCGCCGGAUCAUGGUUCAGGGCAUGCCUAUGGGCGGAGACGAACAAGUUGGUAAUUUUUGGUAACCGCAACGGCAACCUCGUCGAAGAUUACAAUCGUAGACUCCUAAGCUGGGAUCACGUCGCCGUGAUCGAUUUGGAGUCGUUUGGUAUUUACCAACCUCCGCCAUUGCGCCUAGAUAUUCCGAUGCAAGAGCUCGGCCUUUCUGCACUCGAGGAGGGUAUUUUGGCUGAUUUUGAAAUUCUUUGCGAUGACGGCCGCAAAAUCAAGUGCUCGAGGAGGGUUCUGGAAGACCGGUGGCCAUGGUUCAAGGAUCAGAGGAUUAAAUUCCUGGAACGCGCUAAGCGAGCCGUGGAAACUUUACCUUCAUCAUCGAUGGACGUCGGAUUACCCGACCUGCCUGGGGCUCCACACUCUCCAGAGGCUCGACCGGAUCCACGUCUAACGCCGCGGGCUUUUAAUCUUUCAGAACAGUACCCUAUCACAUUGGCGCUGCUGCAGUAUUUUUACUCCCUCGCCCUUAUUACCCCGCUGCAGCACGCUCCUGCCGUGCUAAGCCAGUUGUUGAUUCUCUCAAGUACGUAUCAGAUCUCCCACUUACAAUUAUUAGUCAAGCACGCUAUGCAUCGCGCCCUGUCAAACUCGACGGCUGUGGGUGUGUACGAGGUCGCAACGCUCUGCAGUUGUCCCAGCCUCCAAAUCCGUGCCCUGAAAACUGUGAUGGCUUACAGCCAGCGACGAACAGAGCGUUCGCGUGCAGAUAGCAGAGGAGGGGGAACAGGGGGAAGUCGCAAUCCAGACCAAGGCGAUGGUGAACAUCAAGGUCGUGGUUCGGACGACGCGCUUGGGUCACCCAAUCGCGCUCGAGGAACAUCCGAUGUCAGAUUCCCGGGUAAUGUUGACCAACAGAGCACGGCUUUGAACUCCAGGGGUCAUGUGGGAAACCAGACCGCCGCUGAGGCAUCGCGUAGGGUAUCAGAUAAGGCCGGAUCAAUCAAAUUGCGCUCAAAAACAGGGCAACCCAGUCAUAAAGCGACAUCAUCACAAUCGACUCUGACGCCACCAAGACGUAGGCGCACGAUGUCCUCUCGUCGGCCGAGAUCACCCAGUAUCGUCUCGGUCCACACAGACCUCGAGCUUUGUGCUGUAGCGGACUUGUUGUCACCUUCUGUCAUUCACACACCCUCUUCCGACGAGCAAGUAUUCAACGAGGUUGCGCUAGAUGACGGCUGUGACGAUUAUUUGGACGCAGACAUCAACCCGCUCGUUCGUGCUGUUCGAAACACGACCUUCCGGUCUCACAUUCUCUUAGAGCACGAAGAACCUCUUUCUCCUCCAUUCGAUGCAGGUUUCCCUUAUUCCAUAUCAGGACAAUCGGAGUCGGAGCAAGACUCUGAUGACAUUUAUCCCCUACCUCGCUCUCCGGCGUACUGCAACUUACCCAAUCGCGCCCGGGCACGAGCGCGUUCCAACACUGGCGUAAGCGCCAGUGACAGUGAUACCCCUUCUUUGUUAUCCUCCACUUCCUUCAGUUCCGCUUCAAGCGUCACAUACUCUCAGCCUCACUCUCCUGCGACUCUAAAGACCCCAGUUGAUCAUGUGCCUCUGUACCAGCCGACUGUCAGGGAGGAGCGCUCGCCUGUCACUGAUGAAGAGCGCGAUGCUCGCAGGCUCUCUCAGAGCUCGGGUAGCAUUAUAUUUGCGCCCAUUGAUGUCCCUUCGGACCCAGAAAAAUUCGUGCGCAUGCCCAAGGCCGUCGAACCGCGUGCGUCCACCAAACCUCGCAACGUCGAGCGUCUGCGGCUUAACGUGCCGCCUCCUCCGACCCACUUCUUCCCGACCAUGUCGCCAGUAUUACCAGCGGGGGGAGGUCCUGAAUCUCGGGCGCCGUUGUCGACCCUGAGCAGUCUAAGUAGCCUGAGUAGAUCUUCUAAUUCCAGCGAAUCUACAACGCCCACGCCGAGCACUCGGACUCUCAAACUUUCGUUGAACAAGUUUGUCUCUCCUGCGUCCAAACCUAGGAAGAUGUCGCUUUCCCACCAGGUUGCAGCGGAGCCGUCAUCUUCGCCGACUAGUGUCGCCACGGGUAAAGAUUCCAAGAACGAAGAUCCAAAGGAAAUCAAAUCUCGCAAGGCUGAGGCAAAGAGGAUGAAGAAGGCAGAGGAGAAAGCUAGGAUGGAACGACUAGCCGAGGAACUUAAAGAGCGUCAGAGACGCAAGAUGCUCGCAAUGGAUAAGCGCUCCAUCCAUUCGUCAGGGGGACGAAGUAGGCGCCACUGGGACGAUGAUCGGGCGAUGUAUGACGGUCUUGGUGCGGGUACAGUGCUUUAGAUCUGGUGUCUGUUUCAUUUAUGCUCGCUUUAUGUUUCUGUUCGCGUUUCGUCACAACAUGCUGUAGAUCUUUGCGUAUAUACGUGUAUCACCGUCUGUCAUUACCCUUCGCACACUCUAUCUUGCUGUCGUUGUUGUCUGUUGUUUCACAUACUCAAUUUGCGGAUUUUGGAUAUCUCGCUGUAGAGGUUUACUCCCUUGUAUCUUGCAUAGUCCCAAAAUUAGAUGCACCUUCAUUGAAUUCCUUC